AUGAGACCAGUUCAACCUCAGAACUCCAACGGCGCUGGCCCACCACCGGAAACUGCCGGCCACAUUCUGUCCGUGCAGUCCCUGACGGUGAGCUUUGAUGGAUUCACGGUGCUGGAUGAACUGGAUUUCUCAAUGGAAUACGGCGAGAUGCGCUUUCUCAUUGGCCCGAACGGGGCCGGCAAGACCACCCUCAUCGACGUCAUAACCGGCAAAUCCAAACCCGAUAGCGGCCGCAUCAUUUUCGAUGGCGCCACUGACCUGAGACGCCGGCAGGAACAUCAACUGGUGCGUCUCGGCGUAGGUCGCAAAUUUCAGACGCCGGCCAUAUUUUCCAGUCUAUCCGUCUAUGAGAAUCUGGAAGUUACGCUGGGAUUCCGCGCCAAAAUCACCAGCCUGUUGGGUGGACACCGGCGGGGGGACGCCGACCGGAUUCAGGCCACCCUGGAACAGGUGGGGCUGGAUCGCCGGGCCAAAGAUAUUGCCGGCGCGCUGUCCCACGGAGAAAAGCAGUGGCUGGAAAUCGGUAUGCUGCUGGUGCAGGAGCCGAAAUUGCUGCUGCUGGACGAACCCGUGGCCGGCAUGACGCGCCGUGAACGGGAACGCACCGGAGAACUGUUGCAGGCCAUUGGCAACGACCGGUCGGUGCUCGUGGUCGAGCACGAUAUGGAGUUUGUCCGCCAGUUUGCCCGCACCGUUACCGUGUUGCAUCUGGGCAAAGUGCUCAGCGAGGGUCCCAUGGACAUGGUUCAGCAAGACCCGGAAGUCAUCAGGGCCUACCUCGGUCAUGGAAAGACCAAACGAACCGAGUCCGGUGGGGCCGCCAACCAGAACGUCGCCGGCAGUCGCGUUGGCGUUCAAGCCGUCGUGGUCGAAUAG